UGGCCACAGGACCAAGGCCCACCGCAAGCUGAGGAUCAUCUCCUGUUGGGAGUCAUCAGCGUGACAGUGAUGGUGAUAGCCUUGCCCAGACCCAAUGCACUAAGGAUGAUUUCCAACGCUGAUUAUGGCCUUUUUGCUGCUGGAUCAACCACAAAAUCCCUCCCAGGGGCAGAGUUGUGCCACGGCCUCAUCCCUCCGAGGAUGUGGGGGAUGUUAGCAGAAACGGGGUGUGACCUACAAAGCUCAGCUCCGAGAUGGAAGGACUUGGUGAUGUCUUCAGAUGUCCGAGGUCUUUAACUGCUGUCACAGCGGGUUGGGGGUGAUGGGGAAGCCCCCGUGUGUCACCCUGAGGCUCAGGGCUGGCUGUCCUAUAGAGCACAGCGUCCCCAAGGCAGAAGAUUGCUUUGCUCACGGGCAUCUCAGCAACACGAUGCCGAAGCAGCCAAUGUGCCUCUUAACCAGGGAGACCUGUGGAGGCAGGGGAGAAGGAAAGGCUCAAUCAGUCCGAAAGAUGCUUUGUGAAAGGGAGAAAAAACUUGCUGCCAGGCUUCCUUUGGAGAGCAAUUCCACUCUACCUUUUUCUCUCUUUCUCUUUUGGUGCCAUGCUAUUCCUCCGCGGCCAGAAGGCUGCAGGCAUUUCAGAUCUCUUCUUCAAGUCCUUGUUUCAUUAAAAAAAAAAAAAAAAGAAAAAAGAAAAAAAAAAGGGAAAAGAAAAACAAAAGGCCUGCAGAAUGUUUUCUUCUAAGGCUCAGCAAAUGGGAAGUGCACAAUGCAGCUGUCUCUAAGCCUCUCUUCUACUGUCUCGGGGAGAAAGGAAUUCGCCAAGCCCUACAGCCUGACUCACUCGCUGUGUGAGCAUGAAUUAACCAGGAAUGUUCGAGAAUUAUUCCUGAAUAAUUCAUGAACCUGAAUUAAUCAUGCAUUUUCAUGAAUUAUUCAUGAAUAACUCAUGGAAAUGCAAGGUUUAUUCAUGCUCCAAAAAACCCAAGGCUUUUUCUCUUCUCUUCUGCAUUCUCUCCCUUGGGGACAGCAGGUGGGAGCUUCCUAAGCCAGACAAAGGAGACCUGACAAGAAACUGUGCUGAAGGGACAAGCCCAAGGCAAAGGAAUGUCCGGUCACCUCCUCCCCUGGAGCAGGCAGCUGAGAUCUGCAUAGACAGGAGACAUUUUGCAAGACUCAACACCUGGAGCAGUGCUAACCAGGGCUCACUGCCUCGGGUAGAACUCCAUUUGCUGAGCUUUCCUGCUCCAGGUGGGCAGCCCUGAUGUCGGCCAAGCUCUACGUGCUCAUCAGCUGGCCUGAUGGCAGCCGUGUCAUCAGCAUGGAGAACAUCAAGGAGCCCCGCAAGCCCUUCCAUCUCUACGUUGUGGGUGAACAGGUGCUGGCCCGCUGCCCUGGCUUCAGUGGGCUCUACUGGGGGAUUGUGGAAGGCAUAAGUGAGCAUAAAGAUGCUUUGGAGAAGAAGCUGCUGGAAGAUAGACAACUCCUGGAGAAGUUAAAAGACGAACCAGCUGUCCACAGCAUGAUGCCACCCCAGCCAAAAAAAUCCAGGAAAACCUUCCCAAAAUGGACCCCGGUGAAUGCAUGCAGGAAAUACCACACUGACAGGACUUACUCUGGGAAGCCACUGCUGCAGGCAGCUGAGCCCAUCCUGCCCUGCGGUGCUGGCAGCCCCUCCAUCACCAAGGAGAGAUGUACCCUGAGGCCACCCCAUCCCACCAGCACCUUCACCCCCACAGCCACUUUUGUCAGCCUGGCUGUGCCGGGGACUUCCCAGGGUGAGGAGGACAGAGCUGGCACCACUACCAAAGAUUACGUUGCCCUGGCAAUGAAGAGGAAGUCAGAUGGCAUCUUGUCCCAAUGCCAGCAACACAUCUGUCUGAACAGCUGUGAAGAUGGACAGCUGGACACUUUGCAGGACACGGGUGGUUUUGAGAGAGUUCAGAAAAGAUCUGCUCCCAGUGAAACGGAAAGGGAGAAGAUAGAGCAGCUGGAAAGGAUGGUCUUGGACCUCCAACAGGACGUCCUCUCUCUGAAGAAGAAGGUACAGAGGCUGGAAUCCCUGUCCUUCCAGGAGGAGCCCCACCGGCAGCCCUGCGAGGUGGUGGAGCUCUUCAAUGGCUACACCAAGGAACAGCUCCGAGAAGCAAUCCGCUUUGACCAGAAGAUCAGCACUGCCUGCAAGACGCUGCUCUACAAGCUCUUCACGUCCGACUACAUCCAGAGCCACUCCAUCACGGGGCGCAGAGGCAACACUUUCCGAGAGGCAAAGCCCAUGAUGGAUGAGCGCUGCAUCAAAAUCAUCAGGGUGCUGCUGAAACAGAAGUUUGGGGACCACCUCAGCGACACGGUGAUCACAGAGAAGAUACAAAACGUGCAGAAAGCUCUGAGGCAGAAGUUUAAGACAGAAUGUCUCUGACAUGGGGGUGGUUUGGUGUCUCUGGUCCUACCCUUCUCAUCAGUGCACCUGAGCGUCCCUCCCAAAAAUAUCGUGUCUGCAUUGCUGCUGCUUGGCUGAUUCCUCCUGAGGCACUGAAGAGGACACAGAUCUUUCACAAAUGUCUACCUGCAUUAAUCAGAGGGAAGUUUGCUCAGCUUGGCUCCAGGUUUGCACAUCUGCCAGCACUUUACCAGUUCCUUCCACUACAGUCUGUGUGCCAAGCUCAACUUAUGGCUGGGUGUUGACCCCUGGGUCUUUUUGAUGAACACGCUCAAAAGAUGGAGAUUUCCCAUUGGAUCCAAGUGUGGGUUGGUGAGCCAACCUUGCAGUGGUCAGGGAGGGAGAUUGGUGGUGGGGCAGGAGCUGCAGCCCCAACAAAGCAGCAGCUCCAUUUGCACAGGGACUUGGGAGCACCCAAUGUGACUUCUUGCAUAGCACAGCAGUCCCCUCAUCCUGUGGACAGCACCUACUCUCUUUUUGAAUGCAUACUGCAGCUUCUCAUGGUAACAGAAGGGCAGGCUCAUUAACACCAUGCCAUAAAACCUUCAGAGAAGGAUUACUUCACUUUUUUCCCCCCUCUGUUUUAAUGUGGCUGUCUGGAAGAAGUGUUUGCACUAAUGAAGCCUGCUGAACAAGAGAAUGUCUCCUAUGGAAGUUACACUGCAUUGAUUUUCCUUUUAAAACUAGAUUAUUUCCAUGGAGAAAUCCUGCAUGUUUCUGUGAAUGGGGGCAAGCAAUGGGGGCAAAAAGUGGCCAACUGCAGGUACACCUUUCCUUCAAAGAUCAGACACAUUGUGAUGCAGCCAUUAUAAUUUAAGUACAAUGUUUGUAGCCUAACUAAGAAAUGCCAGGUAGAAUCAGCUACUUUCAUUAGAUGUGUUUAACAGUCAUGCUGCAUUGCUGGAGUCAGUAACUGAUGAUAUUCCUUCUGUUUCUUCUUCCUCUCAACCAUGUGAAGGUGGUGGGUGGUUUCUUGUUAGCAUGGACCUUGAUGUGAGCAGCAGCUGAACCCAAUCACCUGUGAGUGCUGCACCUGGAGCCAUGCUUACCUCUGGUUUAUAAUGAGCAAAAUUGCCCCAAACAGCCCUUAAAAUGUGGCUGCCAUUCCAUCAGUGCGUUACUGAGGACCUCAGGUUGGCCUUACUGCCCAGGUGAGCACCCCAGGAGAUGCUUUGAGUGUUGGCUUACCAAAGGGAGGAUCAAGGAGGCACAGGUAGCCUGAUUUUGAUGCACUUUGGCACCAGCCCAUGGGGCUCUGUGCAUCUCCAGUUUUCAGCUUCCCCAGCAGCAGGAUGCAGUGGUGAGGAUGCUUCCUCCAACCUGCUGAGCCCUGGGUGCACCUUCUGCCUUCAUCCAACCUCCUGGUGCUUUGCCACAUCCUUUGCCAAGCUGCAGCCUGGAAAGCCAGCUCACUAAUGUUAUUUAGUAAAAUAUUAAAACCCUGUGUUGCUUUCCUCCUCGCCGAGAUGCCAAUCAUUAGCAUGAAAGGAGGUAGAAAGCAAACUGCAGGGACAGACUGUGCAGGUAUGAUGGCUCCUGAAACAAGAUGUCUCUAAUUAGCUCCUCUGGAAGCAGCUGAACCUGGGAACCUUUCUGUCAAGAACCCCAGAAACCCCCCAAAAUCAGGGCUGGGGGGGAAUGGGCUGCUGGCUGCUGCCCGACUCCAUGUGCAGCAGCCUCGGCACUAAUGAGACCAUGUUCAAAUGGGCCCUUCCAGGCAAUAAACUUUGGCCUCAGGCACUGCUGAAGGCUUUGAUAUGGCAGGGAGGGCUGAAGAAAGGCAACGCAGGUGGCUUUUCAUUAAACUUCAUUUGUGAGGUAUUUGUGGAGGGGAGACAGCGGCUGCAGGCUAAUUGGGAGCACUCAGACACUGACGAUCAAGCACCUCUAUGAGGAAGCCAGUGCUCUCCUCCCCUGAGCUCCAGCUCGGGCUAAUCAGCCUCAGGAGGGGAGAUCACAGCACAGGGAUGGGGCUUCCCCUCGGGGAUGAAGGGUCAGGGAAGAUGGAGGAGGAGGAGGGUUUGUGCCAGAGCCACUUCACCUGGGGAUAUUCAAAGCCUGCAUCCCUCUCUAAGUGAUGGAGAGCAGCUUGACUGCACUGCAUUAACCUUUCACUUUAAAGGAAUUACUGGGAGAAGCAGGACAGGUCUUUCUGCUGAGAUGAAUCAGGUGAGGACAUAACACCUUGUUAAAAGCAAUGCUCCCGUUCAGUUUCUGGGCACUCUGGGUACUGGAGGACAUGGGCAGUGAAAGCUGGGCUCAAACACAGGCUGAGCUUCAAGUUGAGAGCAGCCUGAGGAGGUGCUGCCAAUGGGAGCUUACAUGGGGAAAAAAAUACAAGCUGCCAAGAGAAGAGGGAAAUUCUCUGGUGCUCAACCCUAUUUAGUUCAGUUUUAUCUCCUUGGCUCUGCCAGGGGGGUUCCAGCGUCCAGCACAGGCAGGCUUUAAUUUCCCAUUUCUUGGCUCGUAAGAAACACACACCGCUAAGUCUGAAUAUCCAUGCUGUGUGAAUCCCCUUGGAAGUGUAGCACAGUUUAAUGAAAUCACACAAACUGUGAGCUUUGGUUAAAGGAAUGAUGUUAAAAUGUAACGGAAUCUUUUCUGGUGUUUUAAUCAAGCCUUACAAAAGCUGGCUGCCUUUGCAAGAGUCCCGGGCAGCUGCCACCAGCUCCAGGAGGCGCCCUGAGCUUGCUCCAAGCAGAAUUAGUGAUGGAAGAGCUUUGUGCUUAGUCGUUCCAGAUGCUCUACCAGCCAACCCAAGGAACUGGGAUGCAAGCUAGAGAGAGCUCAGCUGCAUGGCCGUGGAAUGCUGAGAUGCCAAGCCGUGCUCUCUCACUCUCAAAGCUCUCGUGUCCUUGUGGCAUUCAGCACACAGAGAGCAUCUCGACAAGUGGGUUUUGCUUGUUCUGUUCUGGUAUGUCUUUAUCUUAUUUGGCUUUUAAAACGUGGUGAAAGACAGAGAAUGCACCUGGAGACGUUGCCCCACAUCCACACAGAUGUAUUGCAUUAAUGCUUUUGAUUUUUUUUUUAAUUUUUUUUUUACAGCAGUCACUUUUCAUCAUCAUUUUCCAUUUUUCUUGAAAGGAUAACUGCAUAUUUUUGGAGAGCAUGGCCACAUACCUGGUAGGUGUGCAAAUACAUCGGAUUUUAUCUCUUUCAUCUCUCUGCUUCAGUUACGUACUCAUUACACAUGAUUUUUACCAGUAUUUCUCUGUACAUGAUUACAUUAUUCAGCCUCAUAUCUUUCUAUCUCCAGAAUCUAUUCAGAGUCAAAUGGAACUGAGGAGAUCGUUAUUAAAACACAGAAAGCGCAGGAAUAAAAUUAACCGUAGCACCAGUUCUCUGUGUGCUGAAUACACCGAGGAAAUAAAAGGGCCUUCCACUUCUAAUAAAAUCUGGAUAUGAAUUGCCUUGUAAGAGCCUAAAUGAAUUAUGUUCAGAGGCCAAAAAGAGAGAAAAGAGGCAGCUUGGUGCCCUCCAACUGUGGGCUGUCUGCUUGCAUUGCCUUGGUGUGCAGCAUGCCAUAGAAGCUCCAAAACCAGGUGGCAUAUUCUGCUUAGAGUCAGCUUUGAGAUUGCCUGAACGGUUGGGCCAUACAUCCACCUGCAGCUGGAGGACAUCCUGGUGACAUAUGGAUUCCAUGGAGGUUGCUGGCCCUCUGCCUGCCUCCUCCUGCAGGCUCAGCCUUUGAUUCAUCCUUGCCCAGGUGCCUCAGUGGAGGGGGAAGGACAGAGGUUUGAUGGCUUCUCAACCCAAUGCUUACCCCAUUCUAAUCCUCCCAGCGAGGAUUUGGGGCAUAGAUACAGCUUCUCAGCUUCCUUCCCUGAGCACAGGAAGACAAGGGUUGGUGGGACCAUGCUCCAGCAUCCCCUUGCCAACGGCACGUGCCUGUUGUCCCACAGCAUCGCACUCCUCCAGCCACAUCAUGCAAUUUGGAGGCACGUUCUCUCUUAAUGGUACGUCUUAUUGGGUGAGUUGGGUUUUUUGUUUUUUUGGUUUUUUUUUUUUUUUACUUGGCAAAUGGAGUUAGGUGGAGCAAUGGGAGCUGUGUGCCUAACUCAGCAAGGGAGAAAUUAGCACCCUGCAAGGCCGACGACUGCAUGGUGCUUAUUGAUUGCUUCUCAUAGAUACAAGAAGCAGAGCCCAGUGUUGGGCAUGUGAGGGAUGAGGAAGCUGCAGAACCAAUGUAUUCCUGCUCAUGAAUAAUCGUUAAACUCUUAUGAUCCAAAGGAGAUGGGAGGUUAUUAUUAUUUUUAUUAAUUCUAGUAGCACCGUGUCCAGAGACACAGAAGGUGGCGAUGAAUGACAGUUUGUGGAUUCUGAUGGUUUGCCCAUUUUUCUCAGGAAUUUGCAGCAGGCUCAGAUCUGGUCCCAUGCUCGUUAGGAGAACACUGUGUGGAGAAGAAACAUUCAAUAGUGAAUGUUUGUGUCUGAUUCUGCAGAGGGAGAAUGGUGCACCGAUGGCUCAGGAGCAACAUGGAGCCUUUUUUCAUCUCCUCUGUGCUUUCCUGGCCCGGUGCAAAGUUGGAUGAAGUCAAUGUUAACAUCAUUAAAUAUCUUCAGUUUAACUGAAUUUGUCUGGACCAAGGGAGCAAUUCAAAGCUCUAUCUACCCACCAUUCUCUGUGAGAAAUAACCUGCUAACCCUGCCUGUCCCUGCAAAACUGCAUCAUAGAUCUGCAGUAAUCUUUGGUGACAAAUGGUCUGAAAAGUAGAAAAGGAAGAAGCCCAUGAUUUUUUUUUGUGAGCAGAUGAGCUGUCUGGAUUAGGAAGGACAACAGAGGCACUUCCAGCUGCAUGGUCGUUGUCCUGGUGUUUCUUAUUAAAAUUAACUGCCUAAAAAUUGCAGUUACCAUCAACUAGCUACAAGAUGUUUUAUUGUGUUCUGUGGUCCCUGGAGCUUACAUACCCGAAGCUUGCAACCUGGUGAUUAGGAAUAUCGUUUGGAAAAAAAACACAGUUUAACCAAUACGGUGCAGUGCCAGCUUCAACGAGCUCUGCCUUUAUGAAUAAUGAGGUGGACAAAUGGGUGCUUCCCCAGGUGGCAGACUGAAACACAACCGAGCACAGAAAUUGCUUUUUCAUUUUUGUGGCUGAAAACGGGAAGGAUGUUUUUGGAAAGUCACCCAACUGCCAUCUCUUCCCAUCCCCUCCAUGAGAUGCCAUUGCAAGGUUGGGUUUUCACUGCAGAAGCCAGCGUCAGUUUUGCUCGGUAACUCCAGCCUGCAGAAGUUCAGAUACAAGACAAUCAGUUUAUCAGCAAUGAGUGGGAUUCAAUUUUCAGUCCCUAGAUUUCAACAAACCAUUGGAAAAAUACAGCUGUGAUUUUUCCCACAAACAGAAACUGGACGGGCUGCUGAGAGCUCUCAUGUGGUUUGCUCACUUUACAGUGUUGUGUGCAGAAAGUGAAUUGGCCAAACUCUGCUUCAAAUGUGCAUUUCUGGCAUGACAAGGAAGCAAGUAACUCUCCUCAGCUUGGAAUAUCCUCCCCCAGACCAUCGUGUUUAUUUGCUUUACACAAAGGCAAGACUUUCUCUGGCUCACAUGCGGAUUUGCCAUGUGUACUUCUCAUUGAGCAAUCCACCAUGGCAGAAGAAUCAAAGAGGUUUCAGCUCUUUCCCCUACCCUUGCCUUCCCUGUCUGACAGUGUUAAUGAGUGAUAAUGCCUCAUGAUUUUUUUUCACUGGCUAUUGCUGCUGAAAAUUGCUUUGGUGCACUGGGACUCUUAUUCGCUGGGUAUAACAAGAGCGUUCUGCAAAGCAGAGGGAUAAGGACUGAGGAAGUGUUGUAUUUAGAAAUCCUUUGUUGGUCUGACCUUUAUCCUGUCUCAGAAUCAACUUUUAAAGAGUGAUUCCUAUCCCACCUCACCAGGCGUUAUGGAGGAGCAGCAUCUCUCUCCCUUGCACAGAGAUAACUCACACAUCCAAAAGGUAACGAUGCCCACUCCAAUGGCAGAGACUUUGGGCACAGGACCACUGCCAUUUGGGGCUCUUUAUGAACGAUGAAUCUUAGAUUUGUAUAAUAAAAGGCUGGAGAGCUGCUACGUGGGUGGAAAGAGUGGGACCCCAUUCCUACACCUUCCUCACUGCCUGUGUCUGUGUACCGGAGGGCUCAGUGAGAUUUGAGAAAAUGAUAUUUCUUUUGAAGUGGUGGUAGCUGAAGCAUGAAUACAGUCACAAGGAAUGGGGAAGUUUUUCUCAUGUACUGAACCAUUUGUUUGCAAUGAAUCUGCAGCAGAGCAAACCCCAGCGGGUCCCCAAGGCUGGAGCAGAGGAGAUGCUUUGUGUGCUGUGUUGUUCUCCCUAAAAUGUGCAUCGUGGUUCACUGCAUUGACUCCAAGCCCCCUUGGCUUUCACCGCCCCAUGGGGACUGGGAAGAGGACUGGAUGCAUGCUGGGGCCAAAUUCAGCCCCAUAAGGGCUGUAUGCAGCUGCUGUCCCAUCAGCAUCACCAAAGCAGUGAGAAGUUGCACUACUGAGUACACUGAGAAAAUGUAUUUGGCUUCUUCUGUCCUUCAGCAUUUCCUGAAGGGGAUGGACACAGGCGUCUCAUAGGGCUGCAAAGCAAUCUAGGAUAUGGUCAAGGCAUAGCUGGCCAUAUGAAAGGAAGCUUCAAGACAGCUUUAUCCCAAACUUCCACGAUGAUAGCAGUGCUGGGAGGCAGGGAGGGGUGGCACUGGGGAUUUCUGGACUCACCGUGCACCAUAUCUGAAGAGAUGGCAGCUCUGGGUAUUAAAUAGCCUUCAAGAGAACAGGAACAGCUGCAAAAUGUUUUUUUGUUGACCAGUGGUACAGCUCUGGCUGCACUGAAUCUGAAAAGUCAGCAAGUAGAUUAAACAGUACAGUUUAGCUCUGAGGGCUGAGCAUGGGGCUCACCUCAGAAAUGGGUUCUCAGAAACCGUAAUUGAAAGAAAAUGUGAUAUUUCUAAAUCUCAUAAGGCUGGGAAUCUGCCGAGAGGCACAGGCGGAGUGAUGGAGCGCACGUGCUGUGUGUGCCCAUCCUGCCUUUCUUGUCAGCGUCUCAUUCGGUGUUGCCAUAAUAAUGAGCAUCCGCUCCCAUCAAAAAAUACAAUAAGCUCAUUACUUAUCUAUUACACAUGCUUUCCUUUCCUUUGCCCGUUUUUCUGUGUGGGGAACGGUAUGUGUGUUGCUGUUGCAGGUAUGUUGUACGUGUAAAUGGAACUAUCACUGCGUAUCCCUGCUCCAGGAAAAGGGCAGGGCAACAGUGGGCGCUCCUUUUUCCUCCGUACGGAAUGGAAUAGCUCAAGGUACCAACCCUCAUUUCUCAGAAACAAUUUUACUUAUGUCUUCCCUGGACAUAAAGGCACCUGUUUUCCUCUGUUUAGAAAAAAAAGAUAAUAAUAAAAAAAGAGGAAACAAGUCCU